CUAAAUCUUAAUCGCAAAACCUUAUUUUCAUUUUGUUUUCAAUCCCGUUAAUAUCAAAAGCAUAUCACCAAAAGAUCGCUUAAAUUUUGGCUAUUGCUAGUACAAUAUAUGCAGACUUUUUUUCAUUUCAUUUUAUUUUAUUUCAUAUUCCAUUUGUAAUUUUACUAAAAUUCCAUAGCAUUUUGGUGCUGGAGCAGGUUAAGAGUGCUAAGAGAUUCAAAAUUCAGCAAUAAAAUAAGAAAAAAUAAACUAGCUGAUAAAAAUAUUCGUUUUCCCUAUUAUAUUUAAUUGCUUCCAAAAUCAAAUUAGAAUUAUCGUAAUUACUAAUUAUAAACAAUAUAUAACUUCCGUAUAUUAUAUUUUUGCCGGUCAAUGCAGCCCAAUUCCCAUACCAUUCUAUUCGCGCGCACACCCUCAGUACGCUCCUGGCCUUCUACAACACAAAAGGAAUGAAAGUUGAAUUUGCUGGCGCGGAGUGUGGCAAGCCACACACGCCAAGCAGCGGCGCAAGCGCAGACCGUGGGUUCAGCGCUAUAUGCGGUGAGUAUGUUUGUGCGCGCGCGCGAAUAAGAAGUGAGCCAGCAACGCGGUUCAAUAAUAAUCUGUUGCACCAAUCAAACAAAAUAUGCGAUCACUCAAACAAACGGGCAGCAGCAGUAACAGUCAAAAGCUGAAGCGGCUGCAGCAGCUGCACCGCCCUUUCCUGCCGCGCCGCUCGACGCUCGGAGCGCGCGAAGAGCGGCAACUUGUAAGGUGUUGUAUUCUACAUUAAGUAUACGCCGGGGUGUGCUUGCGCGUACAAUAGCAGUAAACAUUUGUACGUUUGCUUGUGCUAAGAGCAAAUGAGUGCUAGCGUGCCGUGCGCGCUGUGUGCGGCUUACGUAUGGCGGGUAGCGGGCUGUUGGCGGCGGUGUGUUCGCUUCACUUUGUUACAGAUUUUCAACUUCUAUGCCGUUGUAGCGGCGCAGCAGCGUUACCGUUGGUUGUAAUGGUGAGCACCAAACGUCUAUGCGAACUCGAACUCUCAAACGCAAAUUCUAAUGGUACGGGUAUAUAAGUGUCAGCUGCGGCCAACAGAUAUCACAGUACGACGCAGUACGAAAAACCAAUUGGAAGUUUAAAAAUUCCUAAAUAAUCUAAUUCAAUUUUUAUAGUCCGAUUGGCUUACUUCGCGCUGUUGUAUAGACUUUUAUAGUUUUCUGUCUUCGCUAAGGAGUAAUUAUAUAAAUUUAGAAAAAUGUUCUGCAAAUUGGCACUCAUCUCCGCUCUCAUCGCCUUGGCGUUGGCAAAACCACAACAUCAAUCAGCUGCUCAGUACCCAGCUGGUGUGAAUCCACAGGACUGUCCCGGUUUCCCGAUCUGUGAUAACGCACGCCUACACAAUCCACAAGCGCACUGGGGUGCACCCGCGCCCGCCUGGCAACCGCAACCACAGUGGGGCGCUCCUGCACCCUCCUGGCAACCACAACCACAGUGGGGCGCUCCAGCACCCUCUUGGCAAGGCGCUCCAGCAUCUUCUUGGAACGGCGCGCCAGCAGCUAGUGCUGGUGGUGAUAAAUUCCCAGCUGGCGUUAAUCCACACACCUGCCCCAACUAUCCAUUCUGUGAUGUGAAUGCUGGUCAUGGUGCCGUCGCUGCACCACCACUACCCGGCUGGACCGAACGUCAGUACCCAGCUGGCGUUUCUCCGCAUCAGUGCCCCAACUUCCCCUACUGCAACUAAAUACAGCUACAACAACAACAACCACUGUCGCAACUGUAGCGUUCGCUUGUAGCGCUGCGGCUGCGGCAGUAAGCGUCUACAGCCCGUCGGACGAAGUCCCGCUACCAGUAUCCUAUCCUGAACAGAAAAAAAACAAGUUAUCGAAUAUACAGUCUACUCACUGCCAAUGUCAACCAACUUCAAUGCCACUUCCAUAUCACUUUUUGUUUGUUAUUGCCUUUUUACAGCGCCUGAAGUUCUCAAGUUCUCAAUUCUAUUGUACAGCUGGAGUUUGUUGUUGGUCCAUAAGUAAAUAAAAUAUGCAUUUGGAAUUUUAUUUGUCCUUAUAAA